GGCAAAUGAAUAAACAAACAUGAAUGAAAUAAAAGAAAUCACAAACGAUGGAGACUCCACCAUUGCCAAAUAUGGGUCAACCUCACAAGCGUCGGAUGAAAAGCUGCUUGAACUGAACGAGAUCUAUGAAAUGAUAGGACUUGGUCCUGCACAAUAUCUUUACUGGACCUUAGUUGCUCUGGUGGCGUAUUCUGACUAUGCUGAAUUGACUGUUAUGGCAGUUAUUCUUCCUUCUUUGAGAUGUGAAUGGGGUCUAACUGCAGGUUUUGAAGCAGCUAUCACAAUAUCAAUGUAUGGCUCUUAUGCACUGUUUGCAAUAAUGUUCGGAAACGUUGCAGACAAAUUCGGAAGGAAAACUGUGAUUCAAUGGUCGACACUUUUGUUGUUAUUGGCAGCAAUUUGUGGCGCCUUAUCGCCAAAUAAGUGGGUCUUUCUUGCAACUAGGUUGGUGACUGGUGCAUGCAUUGGUAUCAAUCUCAGCUGCAUAGUCUGCUACACCGCUGAGUUUGCCGAAAGCAAGUAUCGAGUCUUUGGAGUCCUGGCGUUUUCGUUAGGUUUAUGUGGUGCCUUCGGAGCAGUCAGCGGAGUGGCAUUUCUAGUCCUAAAAAAUGUUGGAUGGCAUUGGUUAAUCAUCAUUGUCUCACUUCCUGCUGUCCCUGCUUUAAUCUUGAUUCUUGCACUUCCUGAAUCCCCUCGAUUUCUUUGUGUCAGUGGACAACAGGACAAAGCAAUGAAAGCUGUCAGGACCAUGGCCAAGCUUAACAGAAGAAAAUUACAAGAAAAAAUAAAAAUGGCCUGUUUUGUUGACGAGGAACUGGGGUCAUACUCUAAGAUCUUGAACAAGGACAACAGAAAGUCAACCAUCGCCCUCUCCGUCAUGUACUUCUGCAAUAUUUUUAUCGAGUUUGGCCUGAUAGUGUGGCUACCCCUGAUGUACAGUGCUCACAUGUGUGGAGCAGCUUAAUCACCACAGCAUAAAUG